ACUUCAUAGCUCUCUCCAAGGCUAUCAAAACUUGAAACUUUUGUCCCUAUCAAGACUUUCACCUCUCUCUCUUGAACACAAAACAAACAUAUGGAAAGCCCAAAGUCACCCCUUCAGCCCUCUACUUAUGGAAACCUAAUCACUGUUCUCAGUAUUGAUGGAGGUGGAGUAAGAGGGCUUAUCCCAGGAACAAUUCUUGGCUUCUUGGAGUCCGAACUUCAGAAGUUGGAUGGCGAGGAUGCAAGAAUUGCAGACUAUUUUGAUGUGAUUGCAGGAACAAGCACAGGUGGUCUUGUGACUGCCAUGCUAACUGCACCCAAUGAAAAAAACCGCCCCUUGUUUGCUGCUAAAGAUAUCAAAAACUUCUACCUUGAUAAUUGCCCUAAAAUAUUCCCGCAAGUCAGUUCUCCAUUUCCUAGGGUAAUCAAAGCCUUAUUUGGACCAAAGUACGAUGGGAAGUAUCUCCACAGCCUAGUUAAGGAAAAACUAGGAAAUAUAAAAUUACACCAAGCACUGACUAAUAUAGCAAUACCAACUUUCGACAUUAAGAGACUCCAGCCAACCAUCUUUUCCACCUAUGAGGUGAUGAAUAAUCCAAGCUUGGAUGCGUUACUUUCAGAUAUAUGCAUUGCAACCUCAGCAGCACCUACUUAUCUUCCUGCCCAUUAUUUUGAAACCAAAAACCCAAAUGGAAAAGUUAGAGAAUUCAACCUAAUUGAUGGUGGUGUGGCUGCAAAUAAUCCGGCUUUGAUUGCUAUCAGUGAGGUGACCAAGCAAAUAAUGUGGAGAAGUUCAGAUUAUUUUGCUAUAAAGAAAAUGGACUAUGGUCGACUUCUGGUUAUAUCAUUAGGAACUGGUUCACCCAAAGCUAACGAGAAAUAUAAUGCAGAUAAAUCAGCUAAAUGGGGUUUGUUGGGAUGGUUAACCAGUGGUAGUUCCACACCCUUAGUAGAUGUGUUUAGUCAAGCCAGUUCGGAUAUGGUUGACUACCACCUUAAUGUGGUUUUUCAGGCCCUUCACUCCAAAAAGAAUUAUUUACGAAUUCAGGAUGACACAUUAACUGGGAAAGUUUCCUCUGUUGAUAUAGCUACGAAGAAAAAUUUGGAAGAUCUUGUGAAAGUUGGUGAAGGAUUACUAAAGAAACCAAUUUCAAGGGUAAAUUUGGAGACAGGUGUAGUAGAGCCUGUUGGUCAAGAGACUAAUGAAGAAGCUCUCCGAAGGUUUGCAAAACUACUUUCUGAUGAGAAAAGACUUCGUAAUGUCAGAUCACCGCAUGGACGCACUGCAAAUACAAAGGAUUUUAAACUAAGAUUGUAGAUUAAUAUAUUAUUUAUUUUUAUAUUUUUUGUUACAUGUGUUUUUGAUGUAGGUGCAAACAAAGUACACCCAUGCACCUUUCUAUUUCUUUUGUUAUUUUCCUUUUGAAUAAUGCUCAGCUGGUACAAAGUAAGCAUUCUUUAUUCUUUAAUGAAUCAGUUGUACCAAAUUUCUCAAG